CUCUCUCUCUCUCUCCCCUCGCCCCAUGGCCCCCAUCCCCAUCACCAACAACAAAUGAAAUGAGGCACUCCUCUUUCCCACGCUGUCACUGUUAAGCUGUGCCAUUCUGCGUUUCCUGCGUACCCGCCAGCGCCACUACCGUUCCCGGGUCUCUGCGCAAUGAGGAAUUCUUCUCCUCACCUUCUCCAAUUCUUCUUCUCCUUCUCUGCUUUGCUCUGCUUCGCUUCUCUUCCUUCUCUCUCCUUCUCUCUCCUUGACGCUGAGUUGGCUCGCUCCGGGGACAGCAAUUCCAAUGAAUCCAAUGCUUCACGCUCGAGAUCCAGAGAAGACAGCUUCGCUGGUAUGAUCGAUCGGGCACUAGAGAAGGAAUUCACCGAAAAUGAGCAGACCGAAGAAGCCGAUGCUGGUAGCUUCAACAACAGUGUUGCAGGACAACAGGCUGUUCUGGAAACUGUAGCUAGAGUCAAGCCCAAGAAAAAUGACACCAAGGAGGAGAAGUCAUUUCAACUUCAUGAUGUAUUCAAUUUGGAUAAUGAGAAUCGGGCAGAUGAUAUGCCAACACUAAUUGAUCGUCGGGACAAUGUCUUCAUUAUAUCCAAUCCGAAAUCCAAAUAUCCUGUGCUACAACUGGACUUGAGGUUUAUAUCAGAUCUGGUAGUUGUUAUUGUUUCUGCUACUUGUGGUGGAAUGGCCUUCGCUUGUGCUGGACAACCGGUUAUUACUGGAUAUUUGCUAGCAGGAUCUGUUAUUGGACCUGGAGGGUUGAGUUUUGUUAGUGAACUGGUGCAAGUUGAAACAGUAGCACAGUUUGGUGUAAUUUUUCUUCUUUUUGCUUUGGGUCUGGAGUUCUCAGUAACAAAGCUCCGGGUUGUUCGAGCAGUUGCUGUUUUAGGUGGUCUACUCCAAAUCUUCCUAUUUAUGUGCUUGUGUGGCAUAACUGCUUCAUUAUGUGGUGGUAAACCUUCUGAGGGGGUAUUUGUAGGUGCAUUCUUGUCAAUGUCUUCAACUGCAGUGGUUUUGAAGUUUCUGAUGGAAAGAAAUAGUAUUAAUGCCCUUCAUGGUCAAGUUACAAUUGGAACCCUCAUUCUUCAGGAUUGCGCUGUUGGUUUGCUGUUUGCACUGUUACCUGUUCUGGGUGGUUCUUCUGGGAUUCUUCAAGGAGUAAUAUCCAUGACUAAGUUGUUGGUCCUGCUGAUUACAUUUUUGGCCAUUUUGUCAAUAUUUUCUCGCACAUGUGUACCCUGGUUUCUUAAGCUGAUGAUAAGCCUGUCAUCACAGACUAAUGAACUUUAUCAGCUUGCUUCAGUGGCAUUUUGUUUACUUGUUGCUUGGUGCAGUGAUAAGCUUGGUCUAAGUCUUGAACUAGGCUCCUUUGCUGCGGGCGUGAUGAUAUCAACCACCGAUCUUGCACAACAUACACUUGAACAGGUUGAGCCCAUUCGCAACUUCUUUGCCGCUCUUUUUCUUGCCAGCAUUGGAAUGCUCAUUCAUGUCCAUUUCCUUUGGAACCAUGUUGAUAUUUUACUAGCAGCUGUUAUAUUAGUGAUCAUUAUAAAAACACUUGUGAUAGCCAUAGUUGUUAAAGGAUUUGGCUACAACAACAGGACUUCACUUCUUGUUGGGAUGUCUCUGGCACAAAUUGGGGAAUUUGCCUUUGUUCUUCUCAGUCGUGCAUCUAAUCUUCAUUUGGUUGAGGGGAAACUGUAUCUGCUGCUUCUUGGUACAACAGCUCUUAGUCUGGUGACAACCCCAUUGCUUUUCAAGAUGAUACCUGCUGUUGUACAUCUUGGAAUUCUACUGCGUUGGUUCUCCCCUGAUAGUGGUCAAGGCGAGAUUGGGUUUAAAGGCGAAAGCCUUCGUGCAGACAGUGCUAAGCGUAUUACUCUGAUGGUCCAAGGCUCUCAUGAUUCAUGAUAUUAAAAAAUACAAUAUGAAACAAAAAUGGAAUUUCGAGCUUUACCUGAUUGGAAUUCUUAAUACUCUGGAGGACAGGUGAUUAAAAGUGCAAAGGAGGUUGACUGAGUCACAAAUUACAUUUUCUUAUAGAAGGCUCUUCCUGAUGUCUGUCAUAUAUCUGACCAAGCGAACAAUCGACUGAGCAAACUUUACCUGAAAAGUGGGAAAGCUAACAGGGGAAUGCCAAGAAAUUUUGAGAGAUGAAGCUUAGAUGGUUGGACCUUUGAUUCAUUUGGGUCAUCUGCUCGCCAUCCCAUCUCACCAAUUUUGUGUAAAAUAUCAUCCACUAGUGUAAUGUAAUUCAAUUUAUUUUUGUAUUAAUUUUCCUAAUUUGAUAGGCUUGUUUAAAAUUUUAAACCGCCAUCAUAGUUUAAAUGUGUAUCAAUUCAUGUUCUGAAAAAUAGUAACUGUGUAUGAACUGAUUUUUUUUUUA